CUACACACUCUGAUGAAUACAACAUCAUAAAAGCAUUUAAGAGUAGUACUAGCAACUCUCUCUUUCAUGGAGCUCUCAUAUACACAAUCCAGGUCCACUCAAUCAUCUUUUUCGCAACUGUCAUACGACAAUGUAAUGAAACAAAAGGUAGGACUAUACAUUCCCGAUGAUGACAAGCCAUCGGAGGAAGCUCGUAUCAUUUUUAAAACCAGGAAUUUAACGAAAACCCUCAUCGAAAAUAAUAUGAUGAUGUUGAAUUUCAAGCCCUCCAAGGGCAAAGAGGUAGCGGUCGAUGAAGUGGGCCCCACCAGCCCGAAUUUAAUCAAACUGUGUCUAUUAUCUUCGAUUCAUAAUCAUGUGCCUAUAAUUUCUGGCUCAAACCAGAGUCGAGGGCGACUCCCGUUAACCACAUGCACUAAGCAUGGAAAGGUCGGGUUCUUACCACUGGAGUACGUUAGAGAAUUGCCCGAAUACACUUGUACGACGUACAAAUACCCGACCAACAAAGUCGUACACAGUUUCGACGACUGCAUCUUGGAGUUUCCUCGUACUGAAGUCGCAGGGAGUUCAAGUACUAAACAUGUCAAAGAUGACGAGUACAUGAAGAAAUGCUAUAAUUGCUGCAAAAAGCUAUCAAAACCAAUUGACAUUUUCAUGUACAGGGAUACUCCGUAUUGCUGCAUUGAAUGUCGUUACGACGCUUUUGUGUCGUACUGCUGGAACAAGAAACAGAUGAAGGACAACGACAGUGAAAGUAGCUUGAGCCUGGAUGAAGACUUUAUGUUUUGUAUGGGGUCGAGCACGAGCGUGAGCGUGGACGAAGACGCUAUGUUUUGCAUUGGCUCGAGCUAAUCUGCACGAAAUCGACGAUGGACUCUAUGAAAUUAUUAGUCAUUGUGAUAGUUAUUGGAGUCGUAUUUUGCUGUUUUUUAGUACCUUUAUUUUCCCUAUUGUGUGUUGUGUCCUUAAUUUGUCAAAUUAAUGUUGUAAUGAAAAUUUAUGUUGUGAUUAUGAGUUUUAUCAUAAAAUGUGUUACGCCA